UCGCUAAAACAGUGAUUUCAAAAUUGCCAACUUAAGAAAAUAAAUCACUAAUACUCUGAACUCGUAUAUUAAAAUUAUAAGAGUGUAUAUUCAAGUAGGUAUGUUUACGAAAAUAACAUCAAAAUAAGAAAAGGCAAUGGAUCGUUGCUUGUUAUUGUUUAAAACAAAAAAGAGGAUAUUCAACAGAAUACUGUAUUCUGCACAAUCAAGUAAUCGAACAAAAAUGGAUAAGUUUACUCGUGAAAUUGAUUUUAAAAUCCUCAACGAAAGAUUCAUUGCAAGCGAACAUUUAUUUGUCACCGAUGAUUGGGAAGAUUUAAGUUAUACCAGUCAUUACGGAUUAUUAAAAAUUUCAAGUCAACUUGUUUUUUUGCGGCCUCCUAUACCUCUAGAAGUAGUCGCUUUGAGAAUUUGCACCUUAUGCGAAGAAUUUAACAGCUUAAAAGCUACAUUUGAUUUAAAUGGAAAUAUACCGAAUUGGCCCUAUUGGGAAAUGUUUUUUAAUUAUUGGACCGUAGUUCAAAAUCGCGCCCAAUGAAAUAAUAAAAAAUGCAUUAAUUUAUUAAAUUAAUUACUUACUUAAAAAUGUUUGU